CUCAGCCAUUGCCAGUCGAGCGCGGAGUGGCUCGCUUUCACUUCGUGCGUCGUCGAUAAGUUUCGUAUUUAAUUGUAUCAAGGAUCACGGGACAGCUGGGCUACUGCUUUUGAGACGCCGAGAAGCUGGCAUGGUGUUCGAAUCUCUAGUUGUCGACCUUUUAAACAGGUUUAUAGGUGACUAUGUGGAAAACCUGGACAAGUCCCAGUUAAAGCUUGGCAUUUGGGGAGGUAACGUGGUACUUGAAAAUUUGAAAGUCAAACAAAAUGCUCUGAGUGAAUUUGAUGUACCUUUUAAAGUUAAAGAAGGUCACAUUGGGAAGCUCACAUUAAAGAUUCCAUGGAAGAAACUAUACAGUGAUGCUGUUGUGGCAACUUUAGAUGGACUGUACCUCUUGGUUGUGCCCAGAUCAAAAAUUAAAUAUGAUCCAGAAAAGGAAGAGAAGGACAUUCAAGAGGCUAAACAGAAAGAACUACUACGUAUUGAAGAGGCCCUGCAGAAAGCCGCAGAAAGAGGUGCUCAGACAGGAGAUGUCCUAUUGCAUCUGGAGAGCUAUGUAUACAAGGAUCUCAAGCGUGGAUAUAAAUCUAAAAAAUAUAAAAAAUCCUCUAAGAAAUUUAAACAUCGUCAAAGUAAGAAAGAGAAUCCAAAUGAGGAGAAGAAAGAUACUUUUACAGAAAAACUAGUAACACAGAUCGUAAAAAAUCUGCAAGUAACAAUCACCAAUAUUCACAUUAGAUAUGAAGAUGAUGUUUCUGACCCUAAACAUCCUGCCUCUAUUGGGCUUACACUAGGAGAAUUAAGUUUCCUGACGGCAGAUGAAAACUGGAAGCCAUGUAUGUUGAAUGAUACAGCAAAAAUAAUUUACAAGCUUGUUAACCUAGAAUGCCUGUGUGCAUACUGGAACGUGAACAGUCCACUUUUGUAUCAAAGCUCAAAAGAAGAAAUUCUGAGCCAUCUUAAAACUGGAAUUGCAAAAGGCAAAAUGGUACCAGAGGAUUAUCAUUACAUCUUCAGGCCAAUACUUGCUUCAGCCAAGUUAUACAUCAAUCCUCAUGCUGAAAAUGAGUUGAAGAGUCCAAAAAUAUACUUGGACAUGGAAGUCCAAAACAUAGCUUUUGAGAUUACAAAACCACAGUAUCUCAGUGUGAUAAACAUUCUUGAAUCAGUGGAUUGUAUGGUUAAAAAUGCUCCCUACAGAAGAUAUAAGCCAGAGGAGUCGCUCCAUCAAAAUGCAAGUAGCUGGUGGAAAUAUGCUAUUAAUAGCAUACUGAAUGUGCACAUCAGGAAGUACAGACACAUGUGGUCCUGGAAUUUCAUCAGAUUGCAUCGUCAGACUCUCAAGAACUACAAAGUGGCUUACAAAAAUAAACUAACACAAAGUAAACUGUCAGACGAAGCAAUAAUGCAGCUUCAGAAUUUUGAAAGUAGACUUGAUGUGUUCAAUAUUAUAUUAGCCAGGCAGCAGGCAAAAGUUGAGGUGAUUAAAUCUGGACAGAAGGUUAUAGGAAAGAAAUCUCCGCAGAAAGGAGAAAAGCAAGCAGGUGGAUGGUUUAGUGGUGUCUUUGGCAAGAGAGAUAAGAAACAAUCACAAGAAGGUUCAUCAGCACCUCAAGGUAUUGGGGAACUGCUAACUGUAGAAGAAAAGGAAAAACUUUACAUUGCAAUUGGUUACAGUGAUACCUCACACAAUUUAUUUUUUCCUAAAGAGUAUGUCGCCCAUGUACUAAUGUUUAAACUGUUGAGUACCUCUGUUACUAUAAGAGAAGAGAAUAAUGUUCCAGAAAUAUUGAAAGUGCAGAUGAUUGAUCUAAGUACAAGAAUUUCACAACGUCCAGGAGCUCAAGCAAAAACAGUAAUUGGAUUGACUGAAUUUUAUCAAACUGAGAAAAAAAUAGAUCUUGAGACAAUAGCUUCAGCCACAUUGAUGAAGCUGGAAAAAAUCAAGGAGAGGACUGCAUCAGGUUUAACUUACAUUAUCGACACCCACAAAGUUCUUGACCUUAAGAUAAGUUUAAGUCCGUCAUAUUUGAUUGUGCCUCAAACUGGAUUUUAUGCUAAGGAAUCAAACUUGAUGAUCAUAGAUUUUGGCUGUUUGCAGUUCAACAGCUUAAAUCAAGGUACUCGACAGCCUCUGUCACCUGCCUUAUCCCCAAUUGAAGAAAUCCUAGACAGAGCUUACGAAAAGUUUGACUUAGAACUUCAGAAUGUCCAGCUUCUAUACAGCAAGUCAGGGCCACAGCAUCAGUGUCUUCAACUAAUUACCUCUUCAGACAAAGCUGGUUCUGACCUUCUGAAAAUUGAAUAUGUUAAGGCUGAUGUCAAUGGUCCAAACUUUAAAACAGUGUUCAGUAAUACAGAGCAAACAGUAAAGGUGGUUUUCUCAUCUUUAGAUGUUCUUCUGCAUACACAGGCCCUGCUUUCCACUGUUAAUUUUCUGUCUUCAUUGGUUCCUUCAUCUGAACCCAAGUCAUAUGAAAAGGAUCCAAUGCCUGAAAAGGCAAGAAAGGAAACUGCUUCUAAAACAGUUUCUAAGAGCUCCAAAGGCAAUGAUGUAAUUAACAUGAAGAUUUUUUCUAAGUUUGAUUUUUUCCAUGCUGUUGUGUGUGAUGAUAAGAAAAAUAUAGCCGAUAUCCAAAUUCAAGGUAUAGAUGCUUAUGUUGUAAUUAAAAAUAAAGAGUCACAAGUGUUUGCUAGACUCAGAGACAUCAUUGUUCUUGAUGUUACUUCAAGCAAAUUGCACAGAAAGGCUGUCUCCAUUGUAGGAGAUGAAGUCUUUAGUUUCAGUAUGACUCUUUAUCCAGAUGCUACAGCAGGUGAUGCUUACACUGACAUAUCAAAGGUAGAUGGGAAGGUGACAUUGAAUGUUGGAUGCAUUCAGAUUUUGUAUUUGCACAAAUUUGUGAUGUCACUUUUAGACUCUCUUAGCUACAAAUACUCUUCUCCCCAAAAGACUUUUGUUGACAAUUUUCAAUCGGCAAAAGAAGCAUUAAGUGCUGCUACGGCUACAGCUGCAGAAAUAGCUGCUUCCAGUGUCAUAGAUUUUGCAAAGAAAAGCUAUCGUCUUUCUAUGGAUGUCAAGCUCAAAGCUCCUGUGAUUAUUAUACCACAGUCCUCCGUUUCCCUAAAUGCGAUAGUAGCUGACCUUGGACUGAUUACUGUUAAGAACCACUUCCAUUUAAUAACUGCUACAGAAUGCCCAGUGCCACCAGUUUUGGAUAAAAUGGAAAUAAAGCUAACUAAGCUGAAGUUAUCCAGGACAGUUUUAGAUGACAAAUCUCAUCUGCCUAGUGUUGAAAUCUUGCAACCUGUAAACUUGGAUCUUGUAGUAAAUCGAAAUCUGUCAUCUGCGUGGUACAAUAAAAUCCCUGGCAUCGAAUUAAAAGGCGAAUUAAAAAGUGUGAAUGUGGUGUUACGUCAAGACGAUUUUGGAUUGCUGAUGAAUAUACUGGUUGAAAAUAUUGGAGAAGGUAGUAAGAAUGUACAGGAGGAAAACCAGGCCAAGGAAGCAUUUGAAGAAAAUCAAGUUCUUCAGUCACAAAAAGCUGUUGCUGCAGUGGCUAAUGAAACAAGGAAUGUUUUGACGAAUGAAAUUGCAAGUAGCACUGAAGACCUUGCCAAUAUUACCUUGAGUUUUGUGAUUCAGGAGGUGGUCCUUCAGUUUAUGAAAGUUCUUGAAGAAAGGGAGUCUCCUUUUCUUAUGUUACACAUUUUACAGCUUGGGACAGAAUUUACAACUGCAAGACAUACCAUGAAGGCUGCUGCUUACUUAAAAAAAGUGAACAUGGUGAACUAUGACUUCACAGAUUCAAAAGGCCAACCUCUUCAAAUUAUCAGUUCAUCUGAUAUGCAUGGAGAAGAUCUUCUACAGGUGGAAUACAUUAAGGCUGACAAGAAUGGUCCCAAUUUUAAAACACAGCACCAAAACACAGAACAGACCAUUAGUGUAACUUUUACAUCUCUUGAUCUUCUACUGCACACUCAAGUUCUGCUUUCCAGUAUUCAUUUCAUAAAUGAAUCCAUGUCUUCAACAAGUUUUGCCACUGAUAAAAUACAUGAAGUAAGAAUGCAGUCGGAAAAGGAAAAGAAAUCCUUCACACCAAAACCAACGUAUAUGAAGUCAACAAGUGAUGAAGAUAUUACUGACCUUCGAGUAACAGCCAAGCUUGGUGCUUUUAAUGUGUUUGUGUGUGAUGCAAAUAGCAGCAUUUCUGAUAUAAAGGUUCAAGGUAUGGAUGCUUCACUUAUUCUGCAGUCUUCUCAAACUGAAGUUUUUACUCGCCUUAGAGACAUUAAAAUUAUUGAUGUUGAUCCUAACACUAUACAUAAAGAGAUUGUCUCUAUUGUUGGCGAUGAAGUAUUCAGUUUUAAAAUGGUGUUGUAUCCCUUUUCUGCUGAAGAAGAUGACUAUAUUGAUGCUGAAAAUGGCAAUGGAAGCCUUACUCUUAGAGUUGGCUGCAUUCAGAUUGUAUAUCUUCACAAGUUUCUUGUGUGUUUUUGGAAAUUUAUUGACAAUUUUCAAGAUGCAAAGAAGGCACUGAGUGCUGCAACAGCCCAAGCAGCAGAAAAGGCUGCCUCCAGUGUCAAAGAUUUUGCUCAGAACAGCUUUCAUAUGGCCAUGGACAUCAACAUAAAAGCACCAGUGAUCCUCAUCCCUCAGUCCUCUAUAUCACACAAUGCAGUGGAGGUAGAUCUUGGGCGCUUAACUUUGCAGAACCAGUUUUACUUUAUCCCAGAGGAAAAUUGUCCAUUACCUCCAAAGAUUGACAAAAUGAAUAUUGAACUUGCACAACUAAAGUUAUCAAGAUUAUUAAUGAGAGAAAAUUCUACUCAUCCUAACAUUGAGUUAUUGGAACCAGUGAACAUGAUUCUGUCCGUUAAGAGAAACCUUUCUGCAUCCUGGUAUCAUGCAAUCCCUUCUAUGGAAAUAAGUGUAGAUCUUAAACCUUUAAAGGUUAUUAUAAGUCAAGAUGACCUUGCUCUUCUUUUGAAAAUAUUUUUGGAAAAUAUAUCUGAAGGAACAUCUCAACAAGAAACUAAGGAGACUGUUUUAACCUCUUCACAAGCACAAAGAGCUCAAAAAGUGUUGGCUAUGCCUAAAGAUUUGAUAGAAAUAGAAAAUGCAGAAUCAGCUGAGCAAUUAAUAAAAGAGACUGAAACCCUCAAGUUCAGUUUUAACUUUGAAUCACUUUCCAUUGUCCUUCUCAAUAGCCAUCCAACAGAGUUACAGAUUGGUCAACGUCAUGAUAGUCUGCUUCUUGCAGAGUUUGGUUUGUGUUUAAUGACUAUGUCUGGAAAAAUGUUAGAAAGUGGUUAUUUGGAAUUGUCUGCAAAACUAAUGUCCUGCACUCUGGAUGAUAUGAGGCUGGGUAUCCAGAAAGUUACUUCCAGGAUGAUUGACAAGAAAAAAGACAUUGGGACAAAUGCCAUGAUUGACAUGAAGUAUUUUAAGAGCAAGAAAGAGAGUUCUUUAUUGGCAGUUUUACAAAAGCCAUAUGUCUGUGCCAGCAUUGAAUUUCUGCAGACUGUGGCUGAUUUCUUCAUUAAAGCAAUUCCUCAGAGUCCUCUGACAGUACCAGAUAAAUCCAAUCAGCUACAAAUGAAGCAGGUUCCAUCUGCUAAGGGAACAUCUGGAACAGCCAUGUCAGGUUCAAGCAUAAAAGUUAAAGCACUAAUUACUGACCCUGAGAUUGUAUUUGUGGCAAAUCUGAUGAAGGCAGAUGCACCUGCUCUGUCUGUGUCAUUCACAUGUGAUUUUGAAAUGGUCAGUGGAGAAGGAUCUCAGACAGUAAAAACAACUUUAAAGGAUCUUCAAGUGCUUGCUUGUCCUUUCAUUCGAAAUGAGAGUGAUAAGGCUAUCACCACAAUAUUAAAACCAUGUUGUUUAACUUUAGAAACAAAAUUCUUUUCAUCUAAGCCGCUAAGUGCAGCUGUUACUGUAGAAGAAGUCAUCAUUAAGAUCUCCCCUGUCAUUAUUAAUACAUUAAUGACAAUCAUGGCAGCUAUGUCAACACAGCCUAAAUCUGAAGACACUCAAGAAAACAUAAGUGAUGUCAGUACACUCUGGGCCAAAAGAAAUGUUCAGAAGUGCAACUAUUGGUAUCUUGGAGUAGAUACAGCCAGAGAAGUGACAGAACAACUUACUGAUUUGGAAGCCUCUUCUUCAGGUGAAAACUUUUCUGUUGACAUUAAGGUUAUUCAGGUUACCUUGGAGUCGGGUCUUGGGCAUCGCACUGCACCUUUGCUGCUUGCUGAGUCUUCCUUUAAUGGAGCAGCUAAAAACUGGACAUCACAGCUUCAUGUUUCUACAGACAUGACUUUAGAGGUUCAUUAUUACAAUGAAUCCAGAGCAGUGUGGGAACCUUUUAUAGAAAGGAUUGACAGUGGGAAAAAGCGAUGGAAUUUAAAGCUUGAGAUGAAGAAUAAUCCAGUUCAAGAUAAAAGUCCAGUACCCGGAGAUGAUUUUGUUCUGCUUCCUGAACCAAAAACCUCAAUUAACAUCUGUUCAAAAGACACACUAAAUGUAACUGUUUCUAAAUGCACCCUUGCUGUGUUUACAAAUCUUGCAAAGGCAUUUUCUGAAGGAACUACUUCAUCAUUUAACAGUUUAUUGAAAGAGAAAGCUGCCUAUACUAUCAAAAAUGCUCUUGGAAUUCCAUUAAUCGUCAGACACAGUACCAAUCUAAAACCCAUUAAUUCAGAUGAAAAUGUUCAAAAUAUUCCAGAAGGGCAGAGCUUGGAAUUGGACUUUUCAAAUUCUGAGCCUUCUCGCCGAGGAAGACUCUCUGCACUUCAGCGCCAGGAAAGCAACCUCUUUACAAUCAUUAUUUUUCCUCAUGGCUACAGUGAAAUUGCAGAUAUUCCUAUUAUAAAACCCAGCCGACGGCUAUACAAUGUCCGUUGCUCAGAUAUGGGAAGAUCAGUCUCUGUGUUAACACAGAUUGAUGCAGUUGAUGGUUGUAAAAUGAUAACAGUUCGUUCCCCUCUUCAGAUAAAGAAUCAUUUUUCUAUUACUUUUGCUAUAUUCAAAUUUUCUGUGAAGACAAAGUCAAUGGAUUUUGUUGGUGAAGCUGAGCCUGAAAAAGAGUUUCAUGUACCAUUGGAUUCUUACAGAUGUCACCUCUUUUUGAAGCCAGCAGGAAGUCUGAAAGAGCAUUUUCAAAUAUCUACUUCCUAUAUAACAUGGAAGGAAGAGUUGCGCCGUAGUACUGUAAUAAGGGGUGUAUUAGAUUGCCCAUCUUCUGAGGUCAGUUUUCUUCCACUGCGAGUAAACACGUAUGCCUGUCCUGACCAGCUAAACUUUAUUUCUUGUCAAGAAAAUGAUGACUGGGACCCAGCUUACAUCAUUCACCUCCAUCCCACUUUGAAAAUUCGAAACCUUCUACCUUAUUCAAUUUGCUACUUGCUUGAGGGAUCAGCGGAAACUUACGAACUCGCAGAAGGCUGCUCCGCUGAUGUUCUUAAUGCUCAAGUUGGAGGGGAAAUUAUGGAGUUAGUCUUGUUGAAAUACCAAGGUAGAAACUGGCAUGGUCAUGUAAAAAUCCAACAAGGACUUCCAGAGUUUUUUCUUGUAUGCUUUACAUGUGACUCAAUGGAAAAACUAACAGUAGAUUUGAGCAUCCAUGUUGAGGAAACUCAAGAAUGUCUCAUUCUGUCUGUGUUCAGCCCCUACUGGAUAAUUAACAAAACAUCCAGGGUUUUACAGUAUCGAGCUGAAGAUAUUCAUGUGAAGCAUCCUUCAGAUUUUCGAGAUGUCAUUCUCUUCUCCUUCAAAAAGAAGAAUAUUUUCAGUCAAAAUAAGGUUCAGCUGCGUGUUUCAACUAGCUCCUGGUCAAGUAGCUUUUCUAUGGACACUGUUGGAAGCUAUGGUUGUGUGAAAUGCCCUGCUGAUAACAUGGAAUAUCUGGUUGGAGUGGGCAUUCAAAUGAGUAGUUUUAACUUAACCAGAAUUGUGACAUUGAGCCCUUUCUAUACUCUGGUAAACAAGUCUUCCUAUGAACUUGAAGUUGGAGAAUUACAGAUGACGACAUCCAUAACUGAAAAAUGGCACUACAUUGCAGCAUCUGAGUGUCUUCCAUUUUGGCCAGAGACUUCAACAGGCAGACUUUGUGUAAGAGUUGUGGGCUCUGAAACCUCUUCUAAAUCCUUUGAGUACAACAAACAGGAUAAUGGCACCUUGUUACGAAUGGAUAUGUGUGGCGGAAUUAUAGUUGAUGUCAAUAUUACAGACCAUGCAAAUAUGAUAACUUUAUCAGACUACUAUGAUGGGGCAGCCCCUGCUCUCAUUAUAAACCACACGUCAAUGUUAACUUUAAAAUACAAGCAAAGUGGAGUUGUUGAAGAAGAAGAAUUACAACCAGGAGAAGUUCAGUUUUUUGCUUGGACCAAUCCUGCUGCUACCAGAAAACUAUCGUGGCACUGCCCUGUACAGUCUGGAGAGCUUGAUUUGAUAAAGGAUGAAUGUGGGCAAUUUUCUUAUAAUCAGACUACUCAGAUUCACUGGGUCACCUUUUUAGAUGGACGCCAGAGAGUCCUCCUUUUCACAGAAGAUGUUGCCAUUGUUAGUAAAGCAAGACAAGCUGAAGAGCUGGAGCAGUUUGAAAAAGAGAUAUGCAUUUCUCUUCAAAAUUUAGGACUUUCUCUAGUCAACAAUGAAAACAAGCAAGAAAUCUCUUAUGUUGGAGUGACCAGCUCUGGAGUUGUUUGGGAGAUGAAAUCUAAGAAUCGAUGGAAACCAUUUAAUCAAAAAAAUAUACAUCUGUUAGAACAAGCCUAUCAAAAACAUGUUUCUGAAAAAAACAGCAGCGAGAGCAAUUGGAUAAAAUUGGGAAACAAUUUUGAGGUAAAUUUUGACAGAAUUCCCAUGGAGAUGCGCAGUCCAGUUUCAUGCAGUAUCCGUCGAAAUUUUCUCUCUGGAAUUCAGGUGGAGUUUAAACAGUCACAACACCAAAGAAGCUUGCGAGCUCAACUGUACUGGCUUCAAGUGGAUAACCAAAUGUGUGGAGCUAUUUUUCCAAUUGUAUUUCAUCCUGUGCCUCCCCCAAAAUCAAUUGCUUUAGAUUCAGAACCAAAGCCAUUUAUUGAUGUUAGCAUUAUUAUUCGUUUUAAUGAGCACAGUCAAGUAAUGCAGUUUAAGUACUUUAUGGCCCUUAUUCAAGAAAUGGCCUUGAAGGUUGAUCAAGGAUUUCUGGGGGCCAUUUCUGAAUUGUUAUCUUCAACAGUAGAUCCACUAGCUACAAAACAAAAGACGAAGUUAAUUGAGCAGGAUCUUGAAUCUCUAAAAGCUGAACUAAUUGAAACUUCAGUAAAGGAUUCUUCAAGACUUAACUUUUUUGAACAUUUUCACAUCUCUCCUGUUAAGCUUCACUUAAGCCUGUCACUUGGCUCUGGAGGUCAAGAUUCUGAGAAGCAGGACAUGGUGGUUGUUCGGUCAAUAAAUCUGUUGCUGAAAAGUAUAGGAGCAACUUUAACUGAUGUUGAUGACCUUAUCUUCAAGCUUGCCUUUUUUCAAGUGAAAUACCAGUUCUAUAGAAAUGACCAACUAAUGUGGACUGUGAUUCGACAUUAUACAGAACAAUUUCUGAAACAAAUGUAUGUACUUGUACUUGGUCUGGAUGUUCUGGGCAACCCUUUUGGAUUGAUAAGAGGACUUACCGAGGGAGUAGAGGCCUUCUUCUAUGAACCCUUUCAGGGAGCAGUGCAAGGUCCUGAGGAGUUUGCAGAGGGUUUUGUAAUUGGAGUUAAAAGCCUUCUUGGCCAUACUGUAGGGGGUGCAGCAGGUGUUGUAUCUCGAAUCACAGGCUCUGUUGGCAAAGGACUUGCAGCAAUCACUAUGGAUAAAGAAUAUCAACAUAAACGGAGGGAGGAAAUGAACAGACAACCGAAAGAUUUUGGAGAUAGUUUGGCGAAAGGAGGAAAAGGCUUAAUCCGGGGUGUUGUUGGUGGAGUCACAGGGAUAAUUACAAAACCUGUGGAAGGUGCUAAAAAGGAAGGAGCUGCUGGAUUCUUCAAAGGAAUUGGUAAAGGACUGGUGGGAGUUGUGGCUCGGCCGACUGGUGGCAUAAUCGAUAUGGCCAGUAGCACAUUCCAAGGAAUACAGAGAGUUGCUGAAUCAACAGAAGAAGUGUAUAGAAUACGCCCUCCUCGAGUGAUUCACGAAGAUGGAAUAAUUAGACCAUAUGAUCAAGAUGAAGCAGAAGGAUGUGAUUUGUUCGAGAAAUCUGAAAUAAAGAAAUUAGAAGAUGAGAUAUUUCAUAGUCAUUAUGGACUGCCAGGCAGCAAAAACACAAAUAUAAUUGUAACAAACAGGAGAGUAAUGUGUAUAAAAGAAAUAGAGUUUGUCGGACAUUUCACCAAAGACUGGGAAUGUAUGUUUGAAAAUUUUACCCGUCCUUCUACUGUCGAUGGGAACACUCUGAAACUGUACAGUAAGGAUCAAGGAAUAUUGAUAUUUCAAAAGAAAGAUGAAAAUCAAGAAAGAGUUAGAAAUAUCGUCCUUCAAGAUGAGAAGAUUGCCAUGAAAAUGUUUAUUGCAAUAGAAGAUUCCAGGACAUCAAGACAGCAGCAAAGACUGAUGAGGCAGAAGUCCAGCCGUUUAUUAAGUCAGAUGUUAGUACCUUAAGAUAACGCCUUUAGAAACAAAACAAUCUGAUUUUUUUUGGCAUGGUUCAAAGAUUUUAUUUGUUGAAUAUCUAUUUAAAAUACAACAAUUGGGACCUCUGUCUAAUUUUAUAAUUUCAAUACAAUAUGUAACAGUGGUCAACGGUUUAAGAACUUAUACUAAAGUGAUAAUUAAGACAUUUGGUGUGAUUUGUAUUGAUACAGCAUGCACUUUUUCUUCAUUUUGUAGGCAGGAUUUUCUAGCAUCACUAGACAGUCCUCAAAAUCAAAAAUGUGCUGAAUAUCAAAAGAUGGUAUGGGUACUUAAAUGCACUUUUAUUAUUUUAUAAAAUGCAGGUCUUCACUAUUGCAUGUGAGGUGGUCUAUCUAAUCAGUUCAUGGUAUUGUUUGUAAAAUGGUAACCUUUUUAAAAUCACCAUAUUAAAUUCAUUUUUAUUAAAGUAUGGUGGUUCAUCAUAAUGCUUACUGGUGAGAAAACAUAAAGCCAUUUAUUAAAACCGAUUAAUACUGAUGUCAUGCAUUAUUGAUUUAAGUAUUAGUAUUCAAAUGAUGCAAAUAAAACUUUUGCAAAAUACA